CCAAAGAGCGAGAGGGGCGAGAGAUAUCUUCGAUGGCGGUGACAAGCGUCCGCAAGAAGAGGCAGCCACCGAAGCAGAGACGAAAGCACUCCUCAACUCCCAUUUCACGGCCCUCCGGAGGUAGAGGAAGAGGAGGAGGAGGAGCCCAGUGAGGAGAUCCUCGGAAUGGAGUCCGGUUCCACCGGGGAGGGGCACAUCAAGGGCGUCCCGACGCACGGCGGCCGCUACGUGCAGUACAAUGUGUUCGGGAACCUCUUCGAGGUCACCGCCAAGUACGUUCCCCCGCUCCGCUCCAUCGGCCGCGGCGCCUGCGGCAUCAUCUGUGCUGCAGUGAAUUCUCAGACCCAUGAAGAGGUUGCAAUAAAGAAGAUUAGCAAUGCAUUUGAUAACAGAAUUGAUGCCAAAAGAACCUUAAGGGAAAUAAAGCUUCUUCGUCAUAUGAACCAUGAGAAUGUUAUUGCAAUAAAGGACAUCGUACGCCCUCCAAACAGGGAAAAUUUCAAUGAUGUAUACAUUGUUUACGAGUUAAUGGAUACUGAUCUUCAUCAGAUAAUACGCUCCAGCAAACCAUUGACUGACAACCAUUGCCAGUUCUUUCUUUAUCAAUUACUUCGAGGCCUGAAAUAUGUGCACUCAGCGAAUGUCUUGCAUCGUGAUCUGAAGCCUAGCAAUUUGCUUAUAAAUGCAAAUUGUGACCUUAAGAUUGGAGAUUUUGGAUUGGCAAGGACAACUUCUGAGACGGAUUUCAUGACUGAGUAUGUUGUCACACGAUGGUACCGAGCACCUGAACUGCUGCUGAACUGUUCAGAGUACACUGCUGCUAUUGACAUCUGGUCGGUUGGGUGCAUAUUUGGUGAAAUUGUGACUAGAGAACCUUUAUUUCCUGGAAAAGACUAUGUCCAUCAGUUAAGGCUGAUAACCGAGCUAAUAGGUUCACCUGAUGAUUCGAGCCUUGGAUUUCUCCGAAGUGACAAUGCUCGACGAUAUGUGAGACAAUUCCCUCAAUACCCAAAGCAACAGUUGCAUGCUAAGUUUCCCACCAUGUCCAAUGGAGCCAUUGAUUUGCUAGAGAAAAUGCUUGUAUUUGAUCCAAGCAAGCGAAUUACAGUUGACGAAGCUCUGCACCAUCCAUACUUAGCGUCGCUUCAUGACAUUAAUGAUGAACCUGUUUGCCCAACUCCAUUCAGUUUUGAUUUUGAACAUCCAUCAAAUACUGAGGAAGAUAUUAAAGAACUUAUUUGGAGAGAAUCAUUGAAGUUCAAUCCAGAUCCAGUGCGCUAGGAUUUUUCUGUAUGUUCUAUAUUUGCCGUUGGCAUUUGUAGUUGGAACCAAUCUUUGAAAUGAAGCCUGCUAAACCAGUGAA